AAGCACACUCGAGCGGUGUUUGUCCAAUGUCUGUCUUUGAAUCACGCGUCACGGCACCGCCUGUCAACGCAAACCGAUUGGACGAAUGAGAAAUUAUAUCGCGUGAGUUUAGCCAAUCUUCAACCGGGAAACUCAUCCAGCGCAAGCUACAUAUUUUAUCCGCUUAAAGAGCUCGCAGGAGGCAACAACAUUCACAAUACCGUGCAAUUUAAGUGCUGUCACAUGCGAGUGUUUCUACCCAAAAAAGUGCCAAUUUAAAAAAAAAUUUUGAUAAACGAUUUUUGGCAUCUGUAGAGGAUUACUCUGUUACGAGAAGAACGCAGCCAACUAACCGAGAGGCUUCUCUUCAAUAUAAAAGCAUUACCUCGUUGCAAGAGCAUGGAACUAGCCAGGCUCCAGUCUCCUCCCCUGGCCUGCUCUAAUCCAACCAGGAUCGGCGUUAGUCACCAUCGGUGCGCUCUUCGCUGAAUGAACCGAAAAGAAACAUGCUGUCUGGGACGUGGCGACGCUCUGUGGGGCACCAGCAGCCUGCUGUGCCACCCGCGGUGAACGCUCGGGGUGUGACGUUGUGUGGCGUUCCAAGUGGCACGGUGGUUCUUGAAGCCCAAUAUGAUUACAACUACCGUGGUGCUGAUGGAAGGCAGGUUUGCAUUCGGGAAGGCGAGCGCUUCAUUCUCCUUAAGAAGACUAAUGCUGACUGGUGGCAGGUGCGGAGGAUAGGGGCCGCAAGUAAAACCAAGCCGCUGUACGUGCCUGCCACAUAUGUAACUGAGGUUCCUGUGGCACCCAUGCCCUCGCCCCAGCGCCUCAUCAUCUCAGCCUCGCUCAACUCCAACAUUCGCAUCUUGCCUCGUGUGGCACUCACUCCGAGCCCCACAGAAGUUGGCCAUCACGAUCAGCACCAAGCGAGUAAACCCAUCUACCGCUCCAUGGAGAACCUUAACUCCAAGAGUGCCUUCAGAGGCCACCUCACGGUCCCAAGGGACUCCUCGGCCUCCCAGUCGGUGUCAUCCAACACUAGGGUGGUCCCCAUGAUCACUCGCAGUCAGAGCCAGAGCAACCUGACGGACAACGUGGUGGAGAACCCUUACGAUGAGGUGGGCGGAGGUUUUAGCAGCCAUGUCAACUACAGGCUCCCGAAGAAGUCCAGCAGUCAGUGGGAUAUGCUGGGAACUUCUGGAAAGAAAAACCAUUUACAAGUCCCAACAGAGUCCUAUCUGUCCCAGUUAUCCUGGCAAGAUUCGCCCCUUUAUCAUCAACCACAGGUAGUAGACAGGCGUCCCUCGCAAACGGAGCCCCCUUGCCCUGCCCCGGGCCAGCAGCCACUGCAGGUCCUGGAUUUGUGGGAGCAGUACGUGGACCCAUCUUCCCUGAGAAGCUAUUAUGUCAACAGCAUCACCAAGGAGAGAUCCUGGAAGCCUCCUCGGAGAGCUCGCGGAAGUUCCGGCGCCAACAAGCAGGUCAUUCCGACGCAAACCAAAACGUUACCGAGAGAAACAAGCCAUCUGACGUUGCCACUUCCUGCAACGGGCAAUGGGACUAUGCACAGGCUCUCACCCGAUUUCCUUUUUGGGAGCCACCAGAGGAAGACAGACAGCAGUUGGCGGAUGAAACAGAGCAUGCAGCGUGCUGCCUCCUCCGACACCAUUUGCACGAUGGCUCUCGAAACCACCGUCCCGACGUGUCACGGUUCGGCACCCCUGCAUGACACCAAGCAAAACCUCUCACACUCACAGUCUAUGAUCCUGCCCGAGAACGGCAAGCUGGUCCGGCAGUGCCGAGACUGCCCAUGCAAUGUGACCAAUAUUGUCGUUGAACCGCCAUCUCCUGAGAGCUCUCCAGACGGUGACGGCAACACUCCAGAGUUGGAGAAGGCUGGACUCUUGAACAAGACAAAAAUUGCAGAAGGAGGUCGUAAACUCAGAAAAAACUGGAGUCCAUCUUGGGUGGUGCUGGUUGGAAACAGCUUGGUUUUCUUCAAAGACCCCAAAUCACAGACACCUUCCAGUUGGAAACCAGGAAACAGUUGCCCCGAGAGCAGUGUUGACCUAAGAGGAGCCAAACUACACUGGGCCAAUGAGCUGUCCAGCAAAAAGAAUGUCUUCAAGCUGAGGACAGUGACAGGAAACGAAUUCCUCCUACAGUCAGAGACGGACUCUCUGAUCAAGGAAUGGUACCACACCAUCCAGAAUGUCAUUGAUAGGCUGGACCGUGAAAACCCACUAGACAACGUUUUGCUAUAUUCCUUGAGGAGGGCUGGGAGCGUGGAAAUGUUGGACCACAGCGGCGAUGAGGAUGACAGGAGAGCGUCUCUCCCUCGCUCGGCAUCCAACCUGGAGAACACUGAGAAGAAGAGGGUAAAAACCAGGCUGAAGAAGCUCAUCUUGAAGAGGCCGCCGCUACAGGCCUUGCAGGAGAAGGGGCUCAUUAAAGAUCAGGUGUUUGGCUGUCGUCUGGAGAUGCUGUGUGAGCGGGAGAAGAGCACGGUGCCUCGCUUUGUCAGGCUUUGCACCGAGACGGUGGAGAAGAGAGGACUGGACACUGAUGGCAUCUACAGGGUUUCCGGAAACCUGGCUGUCAUUCAGAAACUACGCUACCUGGUCAACCACGAGCGGGCGGUGACUACUGAUGGCCGUUACAUGUUCCCAGCAGAUUUGGUGCAAGAGGAGAAGCUCAACUUAGAUGAGAGCGAGUGGGAGGACAUCCACGUUAUCACGGGAGCUUUGAAACUGUUCUUCCGUGAGCUUCCUGAGCCGCUGGUGCCCUACGGCUUCUUCAGUGACAUGGUGGACACUGUCAAAAUGACUGACUACAAUGACAAAGUGGAGCGUCUGAAGAGCGUCGUACACAGCAUGCCUCAGCCCAACCAUGACACGCUGCAGUUCAUCUGCCGACAUCUCAAACGCGUUUUAGAGCACUCUGACACCAACCGCAUGACGACGCAGAACAUCGGUAUCGUCUUCGGCCCGACUCUGCUCCGUCCUGAGUGUGACAACGGCAACAUGGCGGUCAACAUGGUGUUCCAGAACCAGGCGGUGGAGCUCAUCCUCAACGAAUAUGAUAGCAUCUUCGCCCGGAGGUCUGCCUGUUCAUGAGACUAGGACCCCCACAACCAUUCACAGAGAUAACAGGGCGAGACAUGUGGCCGCCAUAUAAAAGUUAUAUAGUCAAACAAGCCCCAUUUUUAGCUGCCAUACUUUUUUUGCCUUUGCCUUUUGACUGCAGAUGUGGAGCGCAGCUGUCACUUCUCCCUUGAUAUUUCCUUGACUGAAGCCGAGCCAGUGAUAAAUAGUCCCCAGGCCCCCCCACACUAGACCACCUUCCUGUUCCUCUCUUGAUGCCACGAAAAGAAGCCGAUUUAACACGACAAAACCGUCCCACUGUGAAACACAUGUGCCCCACCUCUCCUGAACAUAGAGACAAUGGAACAUUCAGAUUUAAAAUUCUUCUCAUUUCAUUUCGUGGAACCAUUUUUCCCCUCCAGUGGUGAGAUUACAUCAAUCUUUUUUUUUUUUCAUUCAUUCUGGGCACGGAAUGUCCUAGUCCAUUUUAACAGGAAUGCGAUCACUGCCAUCCCUCCCAGUCAAAAUGCUUCAGACGUCUAUCGCUGUCAAUAAGUAAAUAACAAAUGAGCAACAUUUUAGCAUGCUUGAGUCAAACACUGUAUCUUAUCCCUGGUUCUCAGAAAUUUGACACCAAGUACCAACAAACAAACAUACAACUAUACUAAAUAUGAUUUUUUAAAAACUUAAAUCUUACCGAAUCUUAAAACAAUCAAUUGCUAGUCACUUUUAAAAGAAUUGUAUAACCCUUUUGUGCACAAAUUAUUCUUUUGUUUUUCUUUGGGUAUCCCUUAUUGGGCACUCAUUUAACUCACUGGCUGCCAAAGACGGUGCCAGACAUCCAGUCAAUUCGCUAGCGCCAUCAAUGGCAUUGAAAUAUGAGCUUUCCCAGCCAAUCUUCCCAGUUUAUAUGAAUUGGACAUCUAUCACCAUAAAUGGGAUGCAAUGAGUUAAAUAUUAUGAAAUAAAAAUAAAAAAUACAGUGUUACUUGUGGCCGGAACCAGUGUAAAUUUGUUUUUAUUCAUUUCAAAUUUGUAUUUAUGAAUUUAUAAUAAAAAAUAUAAAACAAUAGAAUGUUUAAAUAUUAUCCAUUUUUAAUUUUUUUUUUAAUGACCAAAAAUGGUCACUUGCCUUAUAGGGUUGAAGAUGUUUAGUGUAACCUUUUGAAUAGCUGUCCACUGUAGUGACUACUGUUCCUGAGAGGGUUAGUUCUAAAAUGGAGCUUAACAUUUUGUAUGAAUUAUAUACAUAUAUAUGAUUUUUCUGACAAAAACUGCUAUCGUGACAGGCCAAAUCCUACUUGAUAUCUGUAGUGCAGUAUCAAUUAUUUAAAAAAAAAAAAAAAAAAAGUUUACAGUCUAUUGUUCAGGCUGUUUUCAACUGUGUUAAAAAGUUAGCAAAUGUGAAUUAGCUACACUUGGUUGAAACAUAACUUCAAAGUUACACUAAGUGGUAGAAAACUUGUCACUCGGGUCUGAAAACCUGCCAUAAAGAAAUACGUUGGUGACCAAUUAAACAAAUUUCAGGAAAAGUGGGCCGACUAUUUUUGUUCUUGUUGAGUACAGUGAACGGUGACGUGAAUUAUAUGCAAUGCGAAGGAAUUAGAAUAAAAUACAUCAUAACCCCACUAAACAUGUUGACAAUGAGGAAUAUGUAAAAAAAAAAAGUCAAACACAUUUUCUUUUUUUCAACUUUUUUUCAUAAAUACUGAAAGGAUUGGAUUACUUGUAGUUUUUACCGUCACCCUUAUAAUUUGAGUUUGAGACCUUGUUAUAGAUUGCCAGUACUGCACUUAGAGUAAAAAUAUUUUUCCAAAUCAUAACUUCGCCAUUCAAACAAUAGUGUUCACCACUUCACUCCAAGUGCCAACUGGGCCACCGUGUUCCCUUUUGUGGGUAUGAGUUAUGUAUGUGUGUGGACCUUGGGAGCUUCUCCUUCCUGUACACUGUUCAGAUGGAUGUCCUAUUUUGAUGACUGUAACAAAGUGUACACAUGUACAUAUGUGAAAUAGUCUUUAGUGUUUGUCCACUACAGUGUAGUUGUAGCAGCUCUUAAAUAUUCACUUUGAUCAGUUUUGAAGUGUGUUGUGAAAUCACAUGGACCUCAUCGUUAUCCUAAUAAAUACAAUCAUUUUUGUCAAUUUUAAUGUAUAUUUUGGUUGCUGGUUAGCACGUCUGCACAGUGUCCUGUAAUGGGUUGGUGACCCAUCCCGGGUGUACCCCUGGAAAAGGCUCCAGUGUCCUCCAGUCAACAGAGAACAGGAGAGUGGCAUUAAAGUAUAUGUACAAUUUAUUACACAUAUGCACAUACAUGCAAACAAAUAUAUUGUGAUUAAAAAAACGUCAUAUGAAAAAUUUUACAAAAAUACUGAUUGUUACAUAUAUACUGUACUUUUUAGGUUUACAUUGUGUGUGGAGGCAUUUUAAGGCAGGGAAGACAUCAGUUGCAUAGCAGAACCUGUUGAUGGAGAUAAGAUGCUUUUGUGUGUGACACAUCUGAGGCACUUUGCGAAAGAGGAAGAGGAGAAAAAAGGUGUGACCAAUGACUUUGCACGUUUUACGUUCAGUCAUUGUGA